AUGAUAUUUCAUAUCAACUGCCAUGAAAAAGAGAUUUUACGUGAAAAUUAUGAAUUUUUUAAAGAGGAGAAUAAAAAUGUUAAUUUAAGUCGUUCACCAUUUGCCGAAUUAAGACCAGUAUUUGUUAUUCCAAAAGCUGCAUUAGCACAUAGAAAUUGCCUAUGUGUGUAUCAUGAAAAUAUUUGUUUGCUUUUGAAAUCUCUUGAUAAAUAUGUUGGUGGAAAUUAUUGUUCGUCUUUAGAAACAUUUACUAUAGUUUGUUGGAAUUUUUUUGCAACUUCUCAUGGCAAAGGUGUAGUCGAUGGUAUUGGAGGUGUUGUAAAACGUCUUGUUUGGUCAGCUAUAUUACCGGGAGAUGUAUGUCGGUCAGUUGAAGAUUUUAUUAAACUCGCAAGAAAGAAAACUGACAAAAUAAUUGUUACUGAAAUAAAUAUUGACGAAAUUCAGAAAUCGAAAAUUAAACUGGAAAAUCUUUUUAAAACAGCAAAAUCUGUCCCGGAAACACAAAAGGUGCAUUAUGUUAAAGUAGUUAAUGAAAAUGAAUUAGAGGUUAGUUAUUAUUCUAUGUGUGCUCAAAGAAAAAGCGUAAAAUAUUGA